AUGAAGGAUAUCUACAAGGAUGUUACACUCACCGUCCCAGAUGGAGUUUCGAUCGAUAUCAAAGCUCGACUCAUAAAAGUGACGGGUCCGCGCGGUACUCUGACAAAAAAUCUUCGGCAUAUUGACCUCGAGAUUCAAAAAGUCAAGAAGAACCUGAUAAAGCUCAUUGUCUGGCACGGUGGGCGUAAGCACAUCGCAUGCUUGAACACUGUAAAGAGUCAUAUUGAAAAUCUCAUUACUGGAGUUACAAAAGGAUUCCAAUACAAAAUGCGAUACGUCUAUGCACAUUUUCCAAUCAACGUGCACAUAAUCAAUGACGGGCGAGAAGUGGAGAUUCGUAACUUUUUGGGUGAGAAGGUGAUUCGUCGCGUGAAAAUGUUGGAUGGUGUCAAUAUUGAGAUUUCAGCCGGUCAAAAGGAUGAAUUGAUAUUGACUGGUAAUGAUCUCGAGAAUGUGUCACAGUCAGAUAUUCGUAAAUUUUUGGACGGUAUUUAUGUUAGUGAACGUGGUACUUUUAUCAAAGACGAGAUUUAG